AGCCCCUGAGAUUCUGCUAGGCCUUCCGUUCUGUGAGGCCAUCGACAUGUGGUCUCUGGGCUGUGUGAUAGCAGAGCUGUUUCUUGGAUGGCCACUCUACCCAGGCUCAUCAGAAUAUGACCAGAUUCGAUACAUCUCCCAAACACAAGGUCUGCCUGCUGAGCACUUGUUGAGUACCGCCACCAAGACAAAUCGCUUCUUUGUUCGAGACAACACAGACGGCAGCUAUCCCUUCUGGAGAUUAAAGUCGCCAGAAGAGCAUGAGCUGGAGACGAAGAUCAAAUCGAAGGAAGCUCGCAAAUACAUCUUUAACUGUCUUGAAGAUAUUGGCCAGGUAAGGCAAAAACAUAUCAAUGUGCCGACAGACAUGGAAGGCAGUGAACUGCUGGUGGAGAAGCUGGACCGCCAGGACUUUGUGGACCUGCUGAAGAAGAUGCUGACGCUGGAUCAGGAGCGCAGGAUUACGCCACGGGAAGCCAUCAUUCACAAGUUUGUCAGCUUGGAUAGGCUCAAAGACUAUCCUCACACAAUUAUUUACAAAGCCAGCUUGAAUGCCAUGGACAUCGCCUACAAGAGGCCCCACCGUAUGAUGGACCCAAGCUGCAGCAGUGUGAUGCACAGUGUCGUGCCUUCCACCCCUGGCAACUUUACACUGACUUUCAACAACAACCAGAUCAACAACCAGAUCAAUGCACUACAUUCACAGAUGGCAUCUUCCAACGGUCAUGGCCAGAAUGCCGCAGACCUGCAGUACCUUCAGUACUCGCUGCCCUCCGGUCCCUAUCUCUCUUACCAGGCAACUCCUGUGAGUCAGCACUUGGAUCAGAGAGUGGUUGCUGCGGCGGCCGCCGCUCAGAGGUCGUCAGGUCAGUUUGCACGCUCGGACCCAUUCCGGCAGUCCUUGUGUAUGCCGUCCCUUGUGGUGCCUGCAACUCUGCCAGGCUUGAACUCUCCUGUUCGCCCCAGUGCUGUAUCCAUGGUGUCACAGCCUGCGCCCACACUGCAGCUACAGCCACAACUGAUCAGCCAGGCAUCACAGCUGACCCCGGUUACAAUGGUGGACACUAGCCGCCCGGUCAUCAUGGCUAAUGCUCAUGGUAACUGGGCUAGUAGCCGUCCUGUGGUGAUGGGGCCUUGGCCAUCUCUGGCCCAGACAGCACAGAGGGUGCCCCAUCUGCAGGAGGCUUUGCCCCCGGAGGCUUGGAGACAACCUAUUAUGGUCGGCACAGACACUUUUGAUUCUGCACCAACCGCUGUGCUUCCUCUGAGUGCUUCUUCCCAACAGUGGAACAUUGGGAUGGUUCCUACAUCCUACUCUGUGGCUGCCAGACACACCUCUGCCCAGACCAGUAAAAGGCCUACUCGCUACAGGCAACACAAGGAGAUUCCUUCCACUCAGCUGUCCCCGGUGAAGAAACGGGUCAAAGAGAGCACACCGCCCUUGACCCUGAUUGACCACCCUCUGUACUGUCAUCCCGGAGCACCAUCAGCAGAUGAAGCUGCACUGCUCCACCUGGCAGACUGGUCGUCUUCUUCGUCCUCGGCCUCCUCACACCUGACUCACCCUCUGUCGGUCUCCCACCAGGUCUUGUCAGCUGCGGGCUUAGCGGCCCCACUGGAGCAUGCUCAGAGACACCCAUUUAUUGUGAUUAGGGAUACACCCAGUCCAGUUCCCAGUAUCAUCACCAUCAGUUCUGAGAGUGAAGAUGAAGGAGAUGGUCUCCGCAGCGGCCGCAGCUGCAGCAAUCGGCACCAUCGCCACCACCACCACCGCAUCCUGCAGGCACAGCAGCACAGCCAGGCACAUCCGUGUGACCGCUACUUUGACCUGAGGACCCUGCCAUGUGACGGAAGCGACACUAGUUUUGCCGACAAUCACUCCUUAAGACGAGGCCGAAGUGGUGCCAGACAAGAUAACAUCUUGAAGACCGGUCCUCUCAUCGGUGAUGGCUUUUUGACAGUUCCUGAUGACCACGAGUCCGACAGCGAGGACAGCUUGACCGCCGGCAGUAACCUGCUGGCUAGUCUCACCAGCGGCAACGGGUCAGCCGCCAGCAUUGCCGCAGCAGCAAUGCCUUGUCCUCCGGCCAGCCCGAGCAGCCUCGGAGGCACCAGCAGUGCUAGGCAACCACACCAGCACCAUCACCACCACCACACUGCCCAACAACAUCUGCAGCAGUCUCAGGUGUUUAAUACCAACAAUGUCAAACAUGAGCUGAUUGACCGACUGCCUGUGUCUCACAGUAUUUUCACACCUCAGUCGUUUGGUGGCGCCAGCAGUAGUUUUUCUCUGCCCCAGUUGCAGGUGUCCGGCUGUAGUACCAGUUCAACUCAUCCCCGCAUCAGCAUCACCAGCGCUGGCCAUGCCAGCGGCAAACAGCAUGCUAAAGUUAGCCCCUAUGUUCCCAAGCAGGAGCUUCUGGCCAGUUUAGACAAGGACAGGCAUCGGGUCCGCUCGCCCAAAAUGGAGAAACUGACCCCCUUUGAGUUAGAGCUCAGUUCGGCUGCAGCUCAGGGCAAGCUGGCGUAUGUUUCUCCCACUGUUCGGGCCGUACCGACUUCUGCGGCCAAAGUGGCAAGUAUCAGUGCUGGGAGCAUUUCUACCGGAGCACCCUGUCUUACUGCCAGGUCCCACUUGGGUGGCCGAGCUGGCGGGAUGAGGCUGUGCGUCCAGCAGGCGGGAGGGGCAGGCAUGAGCCAGUUGUCACCGGUGCAGCUCGGCCAGCCAGUUUUGUUGAACACUUCACAAGCCGAUGUUCACGGUGACUACCGACAGUUAGCUCCCUUGCAUAGUUCUCCGCUGCACCAUUACCUACUGCCUGCACACCAGCACCAGCAGAUGGCGCUGCCGAGCUCGGCUUCCAUCAGGCAGUUUGGUGCGUUCAGCCCGACAGUGGCCCCUCCGCCCGCUCACCAAUCCCCGAGACAGCUGCAGUAUUCCUCCCACCCGCUCCCAGCCCACAUGCACCCGGUGCCAGUGCUGCACCCGACUGGCCUGACACCCACCUACCCAGCUCAGAUACACCCACAUUAUGCCGCGGCUGUUUCUGCUGCUGCUGCCGCGGCGGCUGCUGCUGCGCCUAGUUACCUGGCACCAACCUCCCAACCUGUGGCGCCACCUGGGGUUUACGCCACCUACCAGAUCAGCCCAGUCAAGGCUCGGCAGUUCCAGUACUUUGCUUGA